ACAAUUCAACCCAUGACAGCAAGUAAGUAAAAUAUUCAAGUUUUAAUAAUAUUGUGAGGAAGUACACUUCUUCAAAACGGUGCAUGACGUCGGAUCAUUUAUUUAAUUUACCAUACAUAUACUUUCUCUGUCCCAAAUGAUUGAGAAAAAGUAUAGGCUAAGAAUAAGAUUAUAGUUCAUGGAAGAGUAAAGUUGAAAGAAUACAUACAUUUUUUAUCAUAACUUGAGGCUUGGGUUCAAUAACUGAUUUAGAAUAAUACAGAAUUCAAGAAAAUCUCACCCAAGGAAUUAUCUUUGCCAUCUAGAAAAUAAUUCCUUAAAGUUUUAACCCCUUUUCUGUUUAUUCUCCAAACAGAUGAAUUUCAAACUCUUAUAUGGCUCCUGAAAAUCUCACUGGGGUGAUGGAGUUCAUUCUCAUGGGAGUCUCAGACCGUCCAGAGCUCCAGGUCCCCCUUUUCUUUGUCUUCCUGGUGAUCUAUGGGAUGACCGUGGUAGGGAACCUGGGCAUUAUCACCCUCACCAGUGUGGACUCUCGACUUCAAACCCCCAUGUAUUUUUUCCUCCGACAUUUGGCUAUCAUUAAUUUCGGCAAUUCUACCGUCAUUGCCCCUAAAAUGCUAAUCAAUUUCUUAGUAAAGAAGAAAAAUACCUUUUAUUAUGAAUGUGCCACCCAAAUGGGUGGGUUCUUGUUUUUCAUUGUAGCUGAGGUUUUCAUGCUAGCUGUGAUGGCCUAUGACCGCUAUGUGGCCAUUUGUAACCCACUGCUCUAUAUGGUGGUAGUAUCUCGACAGGUCUGCCUUUUGCUGGUAUCCAUUGCAUACAGCUAUGGCUUUUCCACAGCUAUUGUGAUUGCUUCUUCUGUAUUCUCUAUGUCUUAUUGUUCUUCCAAUAUCAUCAACCAUUUCUACUGUGACACUGUUCCACUGUUAGCAUUGUCCUGCUCUGAUACUUACUUUCCAGAUACAGUAGCCUUUAUUUCUGCAGCUAUGAAUUUGAUUUUCUCUGUAACUAUAGUUACAGUAUCCUAUUUCAACAUUAUCUUGUCAAUUCUCAGGAUACAUUCAUCAGAAGGAAGGAAAAAAGCCUUCUCCACCUGUGCCUCACAUGUGAUGGCGGUCACAAUGUUCUAUGGAACACUGCUAUUCAUGUAUUUGCAGCCUAAAACUCACCAUUCAUUAGAUUCUGAUAAAAUGGCUUCGGUGUUCUAUACACUGGUGAUCCCUAUGCUGAAUCCUAUGAUCUACAGCUUGAGGAAUAAGGAUGUGAUAGCUGCCUUCAAGAGAUUCCUGUCAAACCCAUGCUAUUCCUUUAAACCAAUGUAAUUUUAGUCUAUUUUAGUAAAUGAUAAGAUGGUUAAUGUAGGCUGUAGGUUAUUAGUGUAAUGGGAGUUUUCAUAUAAGUUGAAUCAUAUAGCAGGUAGUAGUUUGUGUCUGGUUUCUUUCACUCAUAAUUUUGUGUGUGUGUGUGUAUGUGCAUUUCAUUAAUGCUGUAACAUGUAUCAGAAUUUUGCUCCUUUUUAAUUGUAAUGGGUAUACGACAGGUCAUCUAUUUACUUACUAUUUGGUCAGCAGUUGGAUCACUUCCAAUUUUUAGCAAUUACAAAUAUUGCUGCUCUGAACCUUUGAGUAGCACUCUCAUGUGAUUAUAUAAUUUUUCAUUUCCCUUGGAUAGAUACCCAGAUGCUGAAUUGCUGGGACAAUUGGUAAGUCUAUACUAAUCCUCUUAUGAAUAUGCCUUAAAAUUUUCUGAAAUUUUUCCCCAGCUUAUAUGAGAGUUCCAGUGUCUUCACAUACUUGCCAUUCAGGCGUUGUCAUUUGUUUUGAUAAGAGCCAUUUGAGUGUGUGUGUACUAAUACCUGUUCUGGUUUGAAUUUGUAUUUUCUCAGUGGCUAAUGAUUUUGUUCAUCAUUUUAGGUGUUUCGUUAGUUAUUUGCAUAUCUUCUUUGGUAAAAUAUCUACUCAAAUAUUUUACUCUUUUUUAAAUUGGGCUACUUGCCUUCUUGUUACCAAGUUAUAAAUCUUUAUAUAUUCUGGAUACCAUGCCUUUAUCAGAUACAUGAUUUGCAAAUUCUUUCUCCCACUCUGUGACUUCCCAUUUUCUAAGUGGUAUCUUUUGCAAACCAAAGUAUUACUGAUAAUGUUCAUUUUUUUUUUAAUAUGAGGCAUUUCUGAUAUUAUAUCAAUAGAACCUUUGCCUAAACUGAGUCAUAAAAAUUUUCUCUUAUGAGUGCUGACAUGUCCUGGGGUUGGCAACCAAUUUUACAAAACAAUAUGUAUAUUAAUUGUUUAAUGAGAAGCUAAUUUACUCUGCAAACAUUCAUAUAAAGCACAAUUAAAAUUUUUUUUCCUGUGUUUACUUCUAGAAGUUUUGUAGCUUAAAUACUUAAUGUUUAUGUCUAUGAUAUUUUUUUAUUACAUUUGUCUGUAAAGUGAA